AGUUCCCGCCAGCAUCCAAGUGAAGGCGCCGCCGGAGAAAACUCUGUUCAGGCUUGUUGCGUGUCCGGUCGAAGGAAAGUGAGAGGGAGUUUGACUCGAAUUUUUUUCUCCUCCUCUCACUUUCUCGAUCCCUCCUCUCACUUUGAGAAGAAGAAACUUUAGUUGAUUUUCGCGCAAAUCAGCUGGUAAAACUUUUUCGUGCGCUCCAAGAGUAGAUCCAAAACUUGGAAGAAAACUUUAGCGGACGAAUCAAGUGUGUUAAUUUAAAUUUUCUGGGAAAAUAUAAUUGUCAAUCUUUCUAUAAGUGUUUCACUAAUCUAUAUGUUUACUUCCGUUAGACAAUUGAUUUAUUCAAUUGUUUAAAACAACUUUUUUUAUCAACUAAAAAUACGAUGAACGUGUUUUCGUAACUUCUCAUUCAUGCUCAACACAGGAAAAAUUUCUCUAUACAGAUCAGCCACUGGUAUUGCGAGAAUGUAUUAUUACUAUCUCUCGACAGUUGUGUAAUAAAGAAUUUUUAAAAUUCGGUUUUAGCAUAGAGAUUAAAACUUUUGAUAAAUGAUUUUAACACUCUGUGGAAUUUUCUAACAAUGGCAUUAUUUAUACUUCCCAAAGAAAGAAGGAGAAAUUUCUUGAAACCUUCCGUUUAUGAAUAAAAUGCUGGUGCUGUUAACAUCCAUACAUCAUAUUUGCACUCUUAAACUGUAAAUGUGCCAUAAUAUGGAAACUCUAAUUCUUCUACUAACAGUUUUACAAGUGGUUUUAGGUCAGCAGUAUUUCCGCGUGAAGCCUCAUGAUACAUCAGUUGUGGCUGGUAGAACGGCUGAGCUUCACUGUCAUGUUGGCAAUCGAGCAGGCUUAGUGCAGUGGAGUAAAGAUGGAUUCCUACUAGGUUACGAUCCGGAUAUACCUGGUUAUGAAAGAUAUGAAAUGAGAGUUGAUCAUACUCGUUCUGCUUACACUUUAUUAGUUCAUGAUGCCCGUCUCGAUGAUGAAGCAGAAUUUCAAUGCCAGGUUGGUCCAGGCAAGAAUGAAAAGCCCAUUAGAUCCGUUGCAAGACUGACAGUUUUGGUUCCACCUAAAUAUCUAUCGAUAAAUGACCUUCCUGACGGGAGUGAGAUCGAAGUUCGUGAAGCAGAGAAAGUUGUUUUACAGUGCCAGGCUCUCUCCAGCAAACCUGCAACAAUCCUGAAGUGGUAUAGGAAAAACAUCGAACUUAUGCCAGAAGCGUCUCGGACAACAGUGCGACGAGAAGGAGAGAAGUUAUAUUCUACUAUGAGUUCUAUAACACUCUAUCCUAAGGGAGACAUAAGUGGAUCAACUUAUACUUGUGAAGCGCUACAUCCUGCACUCGAAAAGCCUUUAAAAACAACUGUGUGUGUGGGCGUUUUGUAUCCUCCCCACCAUCCUGAAAUUAAAGGCUACCAAGAAGGAGACUUGAUUCAUGCUGGUGACCGCUUAUCACUCACGUGUACUUCGACUGGAGGCAAACCUCCUGCUGAGCUUCAGUGGUUACGUAAUGGUGAUAUCAUCCAAGGGAGCUUCUCAACUGUUGGUAGAGAUUCUACCAAUACCAUAUCUUUCACUGUACAGAGAAUUGAUAAUAAUGCAAUUUACACAUGUGCAGCCUCCAAUCCUCUGACUCCAGUACCUCUAGUAACAGCCGUCAAACUCUCUGUCGUUUUUCCUCCGAAUUUUAUUCUGAUUGACGGUCCAACAGAAGGUAACAGAGGGGAUACGAUUACUUUAACUUGUCGCUCUGACAUCAGCAAUCCACCGGCAGAGCUGACAUGGCUUGUAGAUGGAGUAACAUUUGAACCUCAGGAUACUACAUUUCAUUCAGUAGAAAAUGGCUGGUAUACUACGUCCAAUCUUACGGCCAUCAUCACUAGGCAGAACAAAAACAUUAAGAUAUUCACAUGUAUAGCUCAAAACUCACCCCGGCAUGAGAAAGUCUUCCAAACAUUCAAUGUCUCUAUACUGUAUCCGCCUGAAGCACCAACAAUAAUAGGGUAUGAUGAUAAUUCGGAGUUGCGAGAAGGUGACCAUCAGAGUUUCACUUGCUCAGCUUUGUCGGGAAACCCUCCUGCAGACCUGCGAUGGUAUAGAGGCGAAAUAGAAGUUCCAAGCGUGACAAGUCUUGUGUUAGGACAUAUAUCAAGCAUUUUAACUUUUGAAAUUGAAGCAUCGGAUAAUGAAAUAAGCAUUCGCUGUGAAGUAAAUAACAGCGCUAACAUGAAACCUUUGACGGCGGAAGUCAAACUUACAGUUUUGUUUGUGCCACAAAAUGUAACCAUAAGCGUGGAACCUCUUCAACCAAGAGAAGGAGAUACGGUAAAUUUGGAAUGCUGGUCUGGUAGCAGCAAUCCCGUUGCAUACAUAGUCUGGUGGAAGGAUGGAACUGUACUAAAGGAACAGCAUCAGUCUCAAACUGCAGAUGCCGCCUACGGAGGGACAUCCACAAGAAGUAGAGUUUCUGUACCGGUUACAUCAGCAGACCAUAGAAGUCGAAUUACUUGUGAAGCCAAAAAUGACGCAUUUCAGAGAUCUGUCCAGGAACAUAUAAUCCUCAAUGUAUUCUAUGCUCCUGUGUUUGUAACAGCAGGAAAAGUCGUAGAAAUGGUUGAAGGAAGAUCGGGUGAAGUGAAUAUGACUGCCAAAGGUUAUCCUGAAAUCCACACUUACAAAUGGAGUAAAAGUGGAUCGUUUAUUCCUCGUCGCACCGAAGGGUACGAUCAAUUACCAGGAGUUACAAUGGAUGGCUCUGUUCUCUAUUUCAACCAAGUAUCUAGACACGAUUCGGGAGCAUAUACUUGUGUCGCCCAAAAUAUAGAAGGAUCUGCUAGUGCUACCCUUACUCUCAAUGUUCUGUACCCGGCUGUUAUUUUUAACAUUACCGAGAAUGUCGAAGUUUCAGAAAGUGAAUCCGUACAGUUGGAAUGCUUUGCUGAUGGAAAUCCUUUAAGUGAAGAUACCAUUACUUGGAGACAUCAAGGCAAUUCAGGCACACGAUUAGCUUCAAUGAAUUCGGAACCAGGUCAUUCCAUUCUAACUAUUUCAAACUUAACGAGGAAUGAUGGACAUGUUUUGGAAUGUGUUGCUGAUAAUGGAGUGGGGAAUCCUUCAAUACGUGCAGCCCACGUGACUGUUUUAUAUCGCCCGGUGAUUCUGAAGUACCUGCUUCAAAAGCGAGUCGCUGCUGCUGAGAGGGAUUCAGCGGAAUUAGCCUGCAUCGCCUCAGGCUACCCUGCCGUUACGUUUGCUUGGUCAUUCAAUGGAUCCACUAUAAGCGCCGGCCAAUCGGACUCUCUCAAAUACAGUGUGAGACAAAGGCGUAAACAUGGCAAUGAAUGGUGGAGCACGUUAAUGGUGAAAUCGAUUACUGAAGGAGACUAUGGUGUUUACACGUGCAUUGCUGGGAAUCAGAUGGGCCAUGACUUUGUGCCGUUCAACAUAGUCAAAAGAAGUAUUCCGGAUCCACCUGAAGCUCUUGAAUAUUUGAAUGUUUCCCAUCAAGGAGCACUUCUAGUCUGGACUCCUGGAUUUGACGGAGGUUUACCUCAGUCCUAUCAACUUCGCAUUCAAAAGAAUCAAGGGCCCCCUGUAUCUUUCGUCCAUAUUCCAAUGAAUACGACUUCCUACUUGUUGAGUGGACUGGAACAAGGAACCGUCUACGAAGUGUCCAUCUCGGCUAAAAACACUCUGGGCGAGAGCUUGUAUACUCCUCCAAUUACUUUUAAAACCAAAAGCCUGCCAAUUAUGGAUUCUACGAUCUCCGGCCCUGUAUCCGGGGGUAGCUCAUCAGUGGAAUUCCUACCAACGUGGUUACUGGUUGCCGCAGUCAUAGGCGGCUUAGUGGUCGUGGCUAACGUUUUAGUCUGUAUAAUAUACAUCCGAAGGAAGCGGUGGUGUCACAACGCUCAAGCCUCCACGGGAUCUGCAGCUAGUGAUGAUGAGGCUUUAAGAGAGAAGAUGGUGAAGAAGAUACCCUCAGAAGAUCGCUCUCCGUUCUAUUUAACUGGGACCUCCGUCGACAUGCCCGUUGAUGGAUUGGAUGUGGACACUUUUCAACAAAAACCCCCGACCGUGAAGAUCCACCAGGUGUCAAGAGAAUCCAGUGAGGAUGGUCAAUCUUCUGGUAGACGAUGCGAUUGUGGAGGAAGACAGUGGAGUAGUACAUUGAUUUGCGGUGGCAGAUCGCCAGGAGAAGAGCACUCUGGAAAUCAGCAUGAACAAUGCCCGGAUAUAUUAAAACGAGACAGUUGCCAUUGCCAUUCCACCGCAUUACCAGGGAAAAGAGUGUCCGAGGCCGAGGUGGAGAUCUCUACAACUCUUGGAGCAGUGAUGUACGGCAAAAGUGAAAGAUCCGAGUUAGCCACCGAACCUCAGGAAUUCAUGUGCAGAGAUAUGCCAGGACCUCCUCAAAUCACGCUCACCACAUUUCAGUCGAAGUCAGAGCUACCAAUACGCCAUACUAUAAUUGGACCGAAGCUCGAAACUGUCAUAAAUGGACACGAUGAAGACAGCUGAGACACAUUUUGUUAAGCAUAUUGUUUGGUGUCUUUAAUGUAUAUUUAACGCUACAUGAAUAUCACUGUGUGCUUUUUGACCAAAGUCUAAAAAUGCUGCUAUACACAAUUGAAAAUCGGCUAACUACACCGUGCUUUCAUUGCUCAUAAGAUGUUACGAAAGCCAUCCGAAAAUUAUUGUUGUCUCAAUUGCGUUAAGAAUGGUGACUUUGAAACAUUUAUUUGAGUAAACUUGUACGCUUUGUCCUCGGAUGUCUCACAUUCGAUAUGUAAGCUGAUUUUAUUAAUAAUGAUUGUUGUUGUGUGAUGCCAUUAUUAUACUGUAUACACUAAUUACUUUGAUUUCCGUUUCGAACACCUUUGCUAUCAUCAUGGAUGCUUUAUUAGUUUACCGAGAAUUCAUAAUUGGAUAUCAUAUCCUGAUUUCUGUUAUUAUUCACAACAUAUGACAUCUGUUUCUAUAAAAUAUACGAAUUUUAAGUUGACUCAUGUGAUUUUUAAACAUAGAAAAAUAAAUAUUUAAUGUCUUGAAAAAUCUGGUGCUCUUCAAGAUUUGUAACAUAGUUAACUCUUUAUUCAGAAAGGCGGGUUUUAUGCCAUAUUUCACACAAAAGAAAGAUAUAAUAUGGUGAAAAUGAUUGUAAUUGUAAACCAAGGGAACUAUAAAAUAAACAGUGCAGAAAUAUAUUGUGUGUGAUAGACAGUUUUUAAAUAUUUAUUAUUACAAUUAAGAUGGUGUAUUGAUUAGGGAAGUCUAGAUUUAGGAACGAAUGCAGCAUUAAAAGAAAAGACGUUCAUUUGCAUACAAUUAUAACAAGUAAAAAUAUUAAGAAAUUUCUAAAAUUACAUAAAGCUCAUUUUAUUUUUAAUUAAGUAGCAUACAUACACAGUGCGAUCACUUUUUUUAACUUAAA